CACAGCGACCCCUGCAGGCCGAGAGGACGAACUGCGCCCCCUGCGGGUGACACGCGGUAGAACAGCCAGGACCCCAGAGGGAAGGCUUCGGAAAUAGGAAUAUUUCAUGAGUAUUUCUACAGAUAGUCAGCCGCCAUGGCGGCCUUGGUCAAGGCGGGGCUCUCCAUAGAUAGCAAUGCAAACAACAGCAGCAGUAGGGUCAGUUUCUUGGGGUCCCGGUUGCCCCCCGAAGUGGAAGCCAUGGCCAAAAGCCUGCGGGAAGUGGGCAAGGAGACCUUCCGGAAGCUCCUCAAAGUCACGGUCAAUGCCUUGGAAGGGAAGGACUGCAAGGAGUCGGUCAGGGCGAUUGUGGAGAGCACGGGCCUCUCCGGCCAGCAGCUCGCCGUCCUCCUCUCCGGCAUGUACACGCUCCUCCGGGAAGCCCUGAGGCUCCCCACUUCCUCUCUCAAGCAAGACGUCUUUCGAGAAGACUUAAAGGAGCUUAGGAUCCCAGAAGACUUCAUUGUGGACUUUGCCACGGUGGCCUUUGGGAACAGGCGACCGACUCUUGACGCUUCCCUGCAGAACCAAUCCAGCCAUCUGCCCAAAAUCGAAGACCUCAAGUGGAGGGUGGAUGUGGCCAUUUCGUCCAGUUCGCUGGCUCGUGCCUUGCAGCCGUCCAUUCUGAUGCAGGCGAAGCUCUCCGACGGAUCGGCCCAUCGCUUUGAAGUGCCGGUGGCAAAAUUUCAAGAAUUGCGGUACAACGUGGCUCUGAUCUUGAAGGAGAUGAACGACUUGGAGAAAAGGAGCGUUCUCAGGAUUCAGGAUUGAGCAACAAAAGCAAAAACCACCAAUAUAUUGCAAUAUCGCCUGUAAAUAUUUCCAACUCUGGACCGUGUUUUCUUAACUCGACCUUUAGUAUUAUUACUAUUAUUAAUCUCACUAUAAAUCACGAUAAGCAUUGC